AUGCAAGCAGUAUCUUUACUACUCACCUUCGGAGUCAUUGUCGCCAACUCACUCGCCAUGGCUCUUCCUCAACCGAACGAGCAAGGAUCUCUUGUCAACGAGACUAUACAUGCUAUUGGUGAAGAAAUAUCCAAUUUGCAAAGCGGCAAUCUUCACAAGCGUGCCAGCUGGACAGUAGGUAUUCAGAGUAUCAAGAACUCGGCGUCUCUCGGUCGUGACUUCGCAGCCUCAGCCAGAAGUGGUGGCUCGCUCUACGUGACUUUCGCAAACCAGUUAAACGGCAAGUUACAAGCUCAACCAUGGAAUAUGCUUUGGCAAGAAGGAGUUUCGGACUGGUCACAAUAUCCACUUUCUAUCGAUGGCAGCAACAACCAAGUGGAUGGAGGCGUCGCUUCCGUUGUCCGCUCCACAGAUCGUAUGGAGUCGUUCUUUGGGCGAGGAAACGAAAUAUACAGCUAUUAUUUUGUGGCUCAGAAUGGUAUUGGCAAUUGGUUCAGCUCGAGUGAGAAGAAGGCACGGGCGGCUGCUGCAGGGACCAGUAUCUCGGCAGUGUCUCGCGAACCUCGAUCCAUGGAAAUCUUUUACGUCGGAAACAACGGUGACCUUCGCCACUCCUAUUCGAACGAUGAUGGGCAGAAAUGGGUCAUCGAUCAAACUCUGUGGAGUGGUCCAGUCAAUCCAAUCAGUCUCACAAGUAUCACUUCAACCAGACUCGCUCAACUCGCUGUAUUCUGGACCAGACCAGACGGCGCUAUCUGGGGAGCUUGGCUCAACGGUUCGGGCUGGCAAGGCAAGCAGCUUCUCGGCCCCGGAUCCGCUCAUCCUUCAUCUAGACUCACCACCACAACUCGCUCCGAGCUUCGCAUCAACAUUUUCUACAUCGGGAACGACAAGAAGGUUCAUCAAAUUUAUUGGAAGAGCGAGACACCAGGAACAUGGAACACACCCUCCGAGCCGAUCUCUAACCUCGCUGCAACUCCUGGGUCCUUGAGCGCUGUAUCGAUGAACUUCAACCACCAGGAGGUCUUUUUCCUCGGCUCAGACUCAAAGCUCAAGCAUGCCUACUGGACCGAAGCAGCUAAGACUUGGAAGAGUGAGGCGCUGCCUGGAGCGAAUUCAGCUUGUCAAGCAAGUGGAUCUCUGGGAGUCGUCUCGCGUAGAGAUGGGACUAUGGAGGGCUGGUGCAAGGCGACAAGCAACAAGGAUCUUGUUCACUUCUAUUACUAUGCCUAAUGCAGAAUGAGACAGCAAGAUAGAUAUUUACGGAGAUUGAACGGUGAGGUUGGAUCUUCGCAUGUACAGAGGACUUAGAGGAAGAAAUUGAAAAACAGGGCUUUAGAUUAAAUUGUACGAAGUGGGG